UACUCAGACACUUCUUAUGUUACCCUCCGCUCGACAUAUCAUCAGGAAACCGUCCCCAUCCGAGUCCUAAGCCCCUAAAACGCCCCGAACUCAACACGCCGCUCUUAUGCUUCGAUAGAAUGGUCAAGGGGCAACCAGAGAAGGGGCAUAGCUUCGUUCUCCGUAUGCGGUACGAAGGCAUAACGGCGGAGAAAAUACGGCGUAACGCGACCCCGCAGAGUCUCAAAAAUACAUUCUCGAAAUCUGUCGCGAAAGAUCUGAAGCUCCUGAAGAUUUCUCUUCCGAAGCAAAACAACGUUCGCAUCUCAAAGACUUUCCCAGAAGCCUUGGAAUUGACUUAUGAUGUGAAAAAGACGGCCCAGGUCCUCGAGCAUAACCUCAAGACGCAUGUAGAGUCUGCGACACCGAAUCAGCUCAAAUCAUGUUCCUUGAUCUCUUUGGAGUUGUUCCAAUUCCAAUUCAAUUCUGUCGCUGGUCCGCUCCAGCCGUCAGAUAUACCGUUUAUGUGGAGGUCUGCGAAUCCGACACUGUUGCAUGGAGGCGAGCAAGGUCGUUCCACGACCACAGACAUAUCCUAUUCCAUGAACCAAGCCUUGAAUCAACUUCCAUUUCGUGAACCUUGGCCUUCCGAAGUUCCAUCGUCUUCGUCUCUUGACAUUACAAUCCCCUCAACAUCUUCCACGUCUGCUACGCUUCUGGCUGGCUCUACCUUUCCCCAUCCUUCUCUUCCGCCUCGCCCAUCAGUUACCAUUGACCCUCCACACUCUUUCAGUCACAUUGGUGAGUCCACACCGAAGGCGCCGCAGACCACACAUCGAUCAAAUGCGGGAUUGCCGAGUAACGGACGCGGUUCAAUCCAGCUUGACGGUAGAGAACGCAGCAAAAAGAAGUCUGGAUCGAAUGCUAUUCCAUUGGGUCGCCGUAAUGAAGGCCAGCUUUCAUCUUCCGCACGACAAACUGAGGCAUACGAAUAUCCGCCUGGAUAUGUGACGAUGUCAGCAACGCCAUUACAGAGCCCAAUUCAGGAGUCAUACCCAUCGGAAUCGCCAAGCUUCUCGCCACCCACCCCGAGCGACGAUUCUCGUACUGAACUAUUUCGUCUGCGUAGCCAGGUAGAAGCUCAGAACGAGGCGAUGCGCGGUUAUAAGCGGACGGUGGAAGCAAUGAUGGAUGGGGAGACGGAGAUGCAGAGGGAGAUCAAGAGAUUGAGGAUGGCCAAUGAGCAGGCGUUGGACGUGGUGAUGAAGAUGCAGGAAGAGGUCAGCCAGGAUGAGGAACAAGACGGUGUCAAGUCGGAGUGCGAUCUACUGUCUGCCCUUCACGUUGUCGGUCGGCAGGUCAACGUUCUGAAGGAUUCGCGUGAUCAAGAGCGACGGGGACGCCAGAUGAUGGAGGAGCAGCUACUGGAGGAGAGACAGUCACGGGCGAAGGACAUGAUGAAUAUUGAGAGGGAAUGUCGAGACCCCUUCGUCGUUCCGGCGCUACUCCAGGCAUUUUUGAAGAUGUCAAAGAUGACCGACACGAUACUUGAAUGAUAUUGUACCCACUUUC